UAGCAAGAAGUACGCUAAGAGAACAAAACCCAUAUACAAAGAUGUGCGGUGGCUUUACGUGCUCCAAAAACGCAUUGACGGCGCUAAACAUCCUUUAUAUCGUUGUUGCGUUUAUCUUAAUUGGUGUAGCUGUUUAUGGAAGAGCAUCUGCAUUAGUUACAAAUCUUCCUAUAAUUGGAGGUAUUUUAGUAUGUGGGGUUAUUUUGAUACUUAUUUCCAUACUUGGUCUAAUUGGUGCUGCUAAACACCAUCAAGUUCUACUGUUCUUUUACAUGCUUAUUUUGUUCCUGUUAUUCCUGAUUCAAUUCAGUAUUGCUUGCGCUUGUCUUGCUGUUAAUACACAUGUUGAACCACAUUUAAGAGAAAAGGUUGAAGAUACUUUUAAUUGUUGUGGAUUUAAUGAAACUGUAAGCGCAACUUCAGAUGAUCAAGGCUCGUUAUUUUGCAAGAAUAAACAUUGUUGUCAAUAUCCUACAGACACAGACUGUGAAUGUCCAUUAUGUAUGCAAAAAUUGCAAUCCACAAUUGAUUAUGCUUUUAAAUUAUGUGGCAGUAUAGGAUUAUUUUUCAGCUUCACUGAGUUUGUUGGUGUUUGGUUGACCGUGCGAUACAGGAAUCAGAAAGAUCCACGAGCUAAUCCUAGCGCUUUCCUCUAGUCUAACACCAUCGUUAUGUCCUCUGUCACCUUAUAUGAUCCUCCUAAUAGAUGGUGAUUGCAGCUUUCACAGCAAGAUAUUACAGAAAUCAAUUAAAUCCACACCAG